CAUUUAAUUUUUCAGGCAUUAGUUUCAGGCUAAUUACUAGCUAAAUACAAAUGUUUCUAAAGGAACUUUUAAAGAUUUUUAAAUUUUUUGGUCAAACUUUUCUAUUUUGCAUACAUAAUUGAAAAGCUCAAAUGGUUGUUUAAUGUACUAGAAUUGUCGAAAGCAAAACAUCGAUAUAUUGUAUGCAUCGAUGUUUUUCCAACAUACCUAAAUUGCCAUUUGGGAUAGAUUUGCUCCAGUAGUUUAGUGGAAAUUAUAAACGUUUUGCAGUAAAAUGGCAAAUUUUAUGCAAAAGAGUGUGGUGACCUACGCUUGCACCUGUGGUCUUGUGAAUCCAAUAACUAAACUCUUUUUCCGUCGACACUGUUUGAAGCUAAGGUGUGGUUUUUGCGUCUGCCACGAAGUUGAUUCGCAUUUUUGCUCCAAUUGCUUGGAGAACAUACCCUCGUCGGAAGCAAAGCAUAAAAAGAAUUGUUGCACCAAUUGCUUUAAUUGUCCAUGUUGUCAACAUACUUUGUCCGCAAGAGCCACCAUGGUUGUGGUUCCCAAGAAAUCUGAUGAAGCUCCUAAAGAGAGUGAAGGAGAUGGAGGAAAGGUUGUAACGAAGAAAAUGUAUUAUCUCUCAUGCCUGGGUUGUCGGUGGACGUCCCGUGAUGUGGGCAUUCCUGAUCAAUCUGUUGCGACUGGAGCUUGGCCGGAAAAUGAUUGUUCUUACCAGACACGCUUCAAUGCGCUGUUGGAAUACUACCAAGCUGUCGUCUUGCAAGACAAGCAAGAAAAGCAGGAAUACUUAAGACGUAAAACACCCAAGGCACAUAAAUUUCCAAGUCUGACCGAUCGCACGGGUCUGACUGUUUCGAUGAUACGCCGCCAAAUUGGCUGGCCAGAUAAAAAUACUCAAAAGGCAAAGCCGGUAAAUAUCUCACCAUCAGUUGCCACUGAAGAACUUGAGGAGCUACCUGAUGAGGUC